AUGGAAUCUGAGGUUCCACCGUUUGCUCUCUCCGUUUAUAACUUACUCGUUGAGCUUCACAACAUAUUUAACGAUCUCCCCGCUAUGAGGAAAGCUCUAGACACUGCCACAAAGAUGUUGUCUGAUGUGAGUAACGGCGAAGCCGUUGAUGCAGAGGCUCUCUCUGAAGUUUACCUCUUCAGGCUUGCGGUUGAAGGUCUUAGAAUUGCUUUGAACAAAGGUGGUCGGCUAAACAGCAUCAGGAACCUAGGAACCGAAGUUCAGUUUUCGAAGCUAUCUUCUGAUGACAAAGCUUAUGCUCUUAUGGCAGAUGAUCUUCGUAGUCAGGCUAAGAAGUUUAAGAGUAUAGUAGCGGUAGUGGACUCAGGUAACCUCGCUGGCCUUAGGAGGCACUGGAGAACUCGAGUUCCUCAAGAAGUUCUAGCUAUGUCGACCGAGCAUACGGUGCAGGACUCUGAUUCAAAGCUAAAACCGGUGGUGGCGGUUGGUGGAGCAGGUGGUGCUUUAACACUAUCCAAGUCCUCCAGGUUCUUGAGCCGUUUCUUGACACACAAGGCAUCGGCAUUUACCAAAAUGGUGUAUCCCUCAGCAUUAUCCGCCGAGAGAAUCAGAGGAGUAACACAGUAUAUUUUAACUUCUGCUGAAGGAACUAGCUUAGAUGCCAUGGGAGCUGGAUUCUACGCGAUGAUGAUGCGGAAGAGGAGAGUAGCGAAACCUAUGGGUGCCUUACCGAUGGUCGUGGUUGGAGCCGGUCUUGCAAGCUUUUCCGGGUUGAUCUACUGUGAAGAGAGGAUUGAAUGUGCAGCUGUGACUCUUCCUUCAGCUCCUUCGAUCGCAAAACUUGGUCGAGGGGUUCAGAACUUGCGUGAGGCGUCUAUGGAAGUGACUAGGAGAGGAAACAACGGGGUGCAUAACGCAAUGCAGGGUCUUAGUCAGAGCGUGAGGAACUUGACUCUUAAUUAUUUAAAUUUCACACCAAAUUUGGUUCGUUAUAUUUGCAAACGUUGUAUCUAA